AUGACACCACCAACAUCAGAUACCCCCUCCUACUGUACUGCCGACUUCUCUUUGAUCCCGGCAGGGAGGCCAUCCAUGUACCGAUUCCUAAUGAAUUUACGUGAAUACCUCAAGAUUGGAUCUUCGACGUCAUCAUUCGCUCAUGAAAUUGCCGGUGUCCAACAGCUUGUCCGAGAAUCGGGUUUGAAGUCUGAGAUGCAUCCUACUGGUACACUUGUUGGUAAAUAUCCCACGAUUGUCUUUCGGUCUGCCUUGAACUCGGCGAUGCGUUGA